ACCCUCCCGUUAUCUCCGGCUGGGCGGUCGGUGCUGCGCCGCUGAGGAGCUUGGGAAACAUCCAAAAGAAGUAGACGCGGAGGAUCUGGGUCUAAUUGAGGAGAUUCUUGUCCCUGCUGAGUGUCUGAAACCCAAUCAGAGCUGAGGGAGAGGAGAGAUCCACGCAGAUAUCCGCGUGCUGGGGAAUCGUAAAGAGGAGGCGCGCGGCUGCAGGUUAAAGUUUGUUUUCCAGCUCUUGGGUUUUUGCUUCUUUGGACAUCACGAGCCUCAUCCUGAAGCUUGUGAUGAACUGACACCUGGAGAGAGCAUGAUGGACUCUUUGGCACCGGAGCUCGCGCACACAAACCCCCCCGCACGUCGCACGAGGCGCGGUGCUGACCGAGCCCCCAGGACGCUCAUCACUCAUUUGUUUUGAAGCGGCAGGAAAAUCCUCCUCUGAUCGUUUUUUUUUUAAACAAACAGCUGAGAGAUGGUGCGCGAGGCGAUCCCUCAGAGACUGACGUGCGCACUCAUCACAUUCCCGUGAAGCAGCGCGUCUUAAAGAGCUUCAUUCUUCAUUCAUGGUCACUCUGGGCUCUGAACUUGUUGAGCGGACUUUACGAGCAGGGGGGACUUUCAGGAGGGGCGUUCAGGACGUAGCCGCUUCACCGAGCAGGACCAUGACUGACAGCACGGCGAGCUGAGGAGACCUGUCAAUCAUCUUCCUAUCAGCGUGUCAGAGGCCUAUCUCCUUCUCCCCCUCCUCCUCCUCCUCCACCCUCCAUCCUCUCCUCUUAUCUCCUCAAUGGGCUGCUGACCUCGCCGUCUCUCCACAGACCUGAAAAAGUCAGAAAAACAGAUUUAAACGGACCAGCUCCACCUGAGGGGGAGUCUGGCAUGCCUCCGCCCUCCACCUGAGUGAGAGGAAGAAGAAGACGAAGAAGAGGGAUCCUGUGUUUGUACACCAUCAGGAGGAGGUGCAGCUCUGUCAGAAGGACCAGUCAUGCGUUUCCAGUUUGCGUUGACGCUGCAGGCCCUGUGGACCACUGUGUGCCAGGCAGCCAUGCAGCACUACCCAGCAGCAUGGGGACACUACGACGUGUGCAAGUCCCAGGUGUACUCAGAUGAAGGCCUGACCUGGGACUACAUGGCAUGCCAGCCUGAGGCAGCAGACAUGACCCAGUACCUGAAGGUCACUCUGGACCCCCCCAACAUUACCUGUGGAGACCCUCCAGAGACGUACUGUGCCCUGGAGAAUCCAUACAUGUGUAACAAUGAAUGUGACGCCACCACAGAAGAACUUGCUCACCCUCCAGAGCUCAUGUUCGACAUCGAGGGUCGUAACCCCACCACCUUCUGGCAGUCCACAUCCUGGAAGAAGUACCCAAAGCCCCUCCUGGUCAACAUCACUCUGUCCUGGAACAAAACCAUCGAGCUGACCGACGACAUCGUCCUCACGUUUGAGUCAGGCAGGCCUGAGCAGAUGGUUCUGGAAAAAUCUCUGGAUUAUGGACGGACCUGGCAGCCGUACCAGUUCUACGCUACAGAUUGCCUGGAUGCCUUCACCAUGGAACCCAAGACUGUCCAGGACCUGACGCAGCACACCCUGCUGGACAUCAUCUGCACUGAGGAGUACUCUCGAGGUUACGUUUGGAAGUACGAUAAAACUGUACGCUUUGAGAUCAAGGACCGCUUUGCUUUGUUUGCUGGACCCCGCCUCCACAACAUGGCGUCACUGUAUGGUCAACUGGACACGACUAAGAACCUGAGGGACUUUUUUACCAUCACAGACCUGAGGAUCCGCCUGCUGAGGCCUGCCACAGGAGCAACUAUGGUGGAUGAGAACAACCUGUCCAGAUACUUCUACGCCAUUUCUGACAUCAAAGUCCAGGGCAGGUGCAAGUGCAACCUUCACGCCAACAGCUGCGUGUUCGACAAAGAGAAGCUGAGCUGUGAGUGCGAGCACAACACCACCGGGCCCGACUGUGGCCGCUGUAAGAGGAACUACCAGGGGCGAGCGUGGAGCGCCGGCUCCUACCUGCCCAUCCCCAAGGGCACGGCUAAUAUCUGUAUUCCUAAUAACAUUGGUCCAGUUAUUCGGCCGAAUGUGUCAUCGCUAGGUGUCGCUAACCGAAAAGAAGUAGCUCCUCAGGUUGCGUUGUCCACUGCCCCCUCUGUCCACGUUGCAAACAGCAAGCGAGAGUGUAAUUGUAAUCCCUUUGGCUCAGUCAGUGAUCGCUGUAAUGGCACAGGAUUUUGUAUAUGUAAGGAGGGCACUACAGGGCCCAAGUGUCAGGAGUGUCUACCCGGAUAUUUGUGGGACGAUGGCUGCAAAUCCCGGGUGUGUGACAACGAGCUCCUUCGCUGCCAAAAUGGCGGCGUGUGCGUGAACAACGUCCGCUGCAACUGCCCCUCCGCCUACACGGGCCUGUUGUGUGAGAAGUCUCGCUGUGAGUCCGAGCUGGGGGGCUGCGGGGGCGCCGACUCAGGCUACGCCCCCUUGACUCCACCGUCCUCCCCAUGGUUGCUCCUGCUGCUGCUGCUGGGCUCCAUGCUGCUGAGAGCGGCGUCCUGCUGAACGGACCCGGACCUGGUGGGAGUGAUGACCCCGCCCACCUCCUCCACCUUGACGUCCCCCCUCCCUUCCCCUCUUAAAAUACCCAUCGAACCUGAACAUGAGCUUUGAGGACUGAACUGUACCGAGCUUCUCGCCGCCGGACUUUACAGACACUUGAAAAGGGAAUGUGCAGACAAAGAGUGCAAGAACUUUAUUUAAUUUAAAGAAUAUAUAAAAAUAAAAAAAACAUAUACUUCUAAAAAUGACAGAUAUUAUUAAAAAGAGCUUAACAAGAGUAAAAAGAGCCCCCUCCCCUCUAAGCCAUACAGGUAUGAGCUCCUUCCACUGGAGGAGGGAAGAUGACAGACUUGCUCACUUCCUCUCAUCGCCACGGCAAACAGCUGCCACCAAUCAGCUAUGGUGCCGUACAGCGGCCGCAGAUCUCCCUCUCGGGACGCUAAAGAUGGCUGAAGAGACGCCGCAGACGCUCAAAGAAACAGAAACAUUCACAGACGGAGGAGGAAUCAGGAUGUGUUCUUUGCUGUCAGUGCUUUGUGAAAUGAAGGAAUUCUGUCGGACUGCCUCUUUGUGACACAGACCUCCCCCCCCCGCAUCCCCCAUGUCAGCCCCCUCUUCCUCUCUAGCUUCUCUCUCCCCUCUUCAUCUUCCCCCCCUUCCCGUCCCUCCCUCGCCAUGCUGCCACUGACCUGUGCUUUCGUGAACGUUUCUCUGUAAACCCUCGCUGGUUGGAAGAUUCUUUUGUCCAAUGUUAGUGAUGCACAUGUGUAAGAAGCCCCUUCCCCUCCCCCCUUUACUCUCUUCCGGAAAGUUCCUCUGAUUCUUUUUCUAUCUCAGACCGAACACGCUUCCCUGUCGUCAUGGUCCGAGGAUAGUUUCCACCCGAGCAGACGAGGAGUGCGUAGAAAAAACCAUCGGUGUAUUUGCAAGUUCUUUUUCUCGACAGAGCAACAAAAAAAAGCGUCAUGUAGUCCUUUUGUAUCUUUACUGAACUGUGAUAGAGAAACAGGCGACCUUUAAUGUAUCUAUUCCAGACUUCCACACGCUGAAGGUUGUUUCAUUUCAUUUCUGUUUCUUUCUCUUAUUUUUUUUUUUCUUUUUGUUGAUCUUACUUUUAGUUGUGCAGUUAUUUCCUUUGUAUUGGCAACGUGCUGGCAUCAAAGAAUAUCAGUUUACAUAUACAGUAUUAAUAAAGUGUAAUAAAAUCCCACCAAAGGACAUUAUACAUGUUUUGUUCUUGCUUUAACA